CAACAGGAAUUAUUGACUUCGGAUUUCUACCUAGUAGACUCGGCAACAUGCGAUCGGAUUCUUCUCUCUGUCAGAGGUUGAGCCUCGAACCUGCAACUUGCUCGGUCGGGAUUAGCAGGAAUUGCGACUCUUUCUCCAUCAACGAUGAGCCAUACUUAAGCACUCGCUCCAGUAGUUCAUCUCAAAAACGCCGAAGAACCAAGCACAGACUGGAUGCAACAUGAUCCGGUCACCCACUCUCGACCACGCAUCCCCUUACACCUCCACCAUGAGUCUCAUGGAUGAGGGGGAUAGCAUCAGCAGCGAUCUCCCUCCCAGUCGCAAGACCCGCGACAGCUGCGACGCCUGCGCCAAAUCCAAAGUGCGCUGCGGCAAACAGCAUCCACGAUGCGAUCGAUGUGUUGCGCGCAACAAACCAUGCAACUAUGGCUUCAUCCGACCACGAGGGCGACGACGUCUCUCGCAAAUCCCUCCGGGGGGCAACCUCACUCCCGUCACGGACACUCAAAACAGCUCGCCCGACCGGGCCGACCCCAACAACAACAAUAACAACAACAACUUCCAACACAUCGACCUCUUCAACACCCUGGGUUACAACGACCUCGAGGCCAUCGCAGAGAAGCUGAACGAUUUCUCCGCGACCGACCGACUCCUCGCGAACCCAUCCACCAGCACGGGCCACAAUGACUUCCAACUCAUCGACGACUGGCAGACGAUGGAUCAAGAGCUCCAGCGGCUCCUCGACAUUACCACGCCACAGCCCACCCCAGUCCUGGAAGUCACGCAGAACAGCUCGCAAUCCAGCCUUCAAACAGGGCUCUCCUCCCUGUCGACCUCCUCCCCAUCCUCCACCUCCUCCCCAUCACCCAGCAUCUCCUCCCUUCACGGCCAAUCCUGCAUCACCCUCACCUUCAAUACCCUGCAAGCCCUGCACCCGCCCUCGGACAAGUGCGUGCUCAACUCCAACCCACCAAUACCGCGCAGCCUAGACGCCGUGCUCCACCUCAACCAAAAAGCCAUGAGCAACCUCUCCCUGGUGAUUGGCUGCCCCUGCUCGCUGGACUUCAGCUUCGCCCCGCUCAUCGCGCAAGCCAUCUCCAAGAUCCUGAUCUGGUACCAAGCGAUCCUGGACGGCUGUGAAUCGAUUCCGGAGAUGGGCUUCAUGCAGCAGACGCCCACGCGCGUGCGCGUCCUCCCCAUCAAGAUCGGCCAGUUCGAGCUCAGCGAAGGCGACCAUCGGCGCAUCGUCGCGCAGAUGGUCAUGAACGACCUUGACAAGGUGCGCGCCCUGGUCGAGAGCUUCACGCAAUCGUACUGUCGGCGCGAGGCCUCGCCCAGUGAUGGUGAUCAGUCGAUGUGCUUCAUUCUGGAGUCGAUGCUGAGGCGCCGCAUGAACGAUACCCUUGGCUCUGCGGUGUUGAAAAUGACGGAUCAACCUUGAGUUAUGGAGUGGGAUUAUUCUUUCUGGGCGGGGAAUGUGUUUCUAUGGGGUUCGGGGAUACUGUGUAUAUGGAGUUG